AUGUCUCCUGUUGUUACUGGUAUGACUGCAUUAAUUUCAUCUAUUACAUUCUAUCCUUUACGUGGAAGUUCCAUUGACAUUCAUCCAAAUGCUCGAUGGCAACAAAAUGGUAUCACUGUAGCUGGAGGAAAUGGAAAAGGCACUGGAAUCAAUCAACUCUCAAGCCCAUAUGGUUUGUAUGUUGAUGAUGAUCAAACAAUCUAUGUUGCUGAUACGUCGAAUCACCGUAUUGUGGAAUGGAAACGGGGUGCGAAGAGUGGCCAAGUGAUUGCCGGUGGAAAUGGACAAGGAAGUGGAGAUCAUCAGUUAUCUAGCCCAAGAGAUGUGAUUGUCGACAAAGAGAGAGAUAGUAUCAUCAUCUCCGAUAAUUGGAAUAGAAGAGUGGUUCGAUGGCCUCGUCGAAAUGGAACAAGUGGAGAAACAAUCAUCUCCAACAUCGAUUGUGUGGGUUUAACAAUGGAUGAGAAUGGAUCUCUCUAUGUCGUUGACAAUGAAAAACAUGAAUUGAGACGAUAUCGAAGAGGAGAAUCUCAAGGAAUAGUGAUUGCAGGUGGCAAUGGAAGUGAAAAUCAUCUCAAUCAACUCUCUUCCUCACAUUACAUAUUCGUCGAUCGAGAUCAUUCAGUAUAUGUUUCUGAAAAGGACAAUCAUCGUGUGAUGAAAUGGAUGGAAGGUGCAAAACAAGGCAUUGUUGUGGCUGGUGAUCAAGGAAAAGGAAAUGGUCUUACACAAUUGUCAUAUCCUCAAGGAGUCGUUGUCGAUCAAUUGGGCACUGUCUAUGUGGCUGAUGGAUGGAAUGACCGAAUAAUGCGUUGGUCCAAAGGAGCCACACAAGGAAGUGUGAUUGUUGGUGGAAACGGUAGAGGAGGACAAUCGAACCAACUGAAUGUGCCCAUCGGUUUGUCAUUCGAUCGAGAUGGCAAUCUCAUUGUCGUCGAUUGGGGAAAUCAUCGAGUACAAAAAUUCAAUAUCGAAUCCAAUAAGUAA